AUACACAUUGCUGUACACCUCGGCUUCCCUCGGCUUCUUUCGGUUUCCCGACACACCGACACGUAACAUUUCGUUGUGUGCGAGACGUGCUGGGCUCGAGGGAAGGGGUAGAAAUGUUCCGCGAUCUGGAUUCACUGGCUGAUAGUAAAAUAGUAAGGUUAUGUAUUUCAAUCCUUUUAAAAAGUAACCAAACUUUUAGUCAAAAGUAAAUAUAUUGUUUAAAAGUGUAAUUAAAGAAUAAUAUUAAAUUAUUAUAUAAUAUUACUUUCAUAAUAUGUUAAUAUUAAUAUAAGAAUUAAUUGUACAUAAUGAGAAUUACAGUUUUAAAACUUUAUAAAGAUUUAUUACGUUAUGGUGAACAGUUAAAAUUUACAGAUAAGAAAUAUUAUCAAUACCGAAUAAAAAAAGAAUUUAAAAAAAAUAAAACGUUAACUGAAGAGGCAGACAUCGAUUUUCAAUUAAAGAAAGGAUUGACAUUACUGAAAAAUCGAAGAGUAGUGUAAUUACAAAAGUAUGACAAUUUAUUAAUACAAGGUGUGAUCAAAAUGAACAGACAUGUUUAUGUUAUGUUUUCAUAUGUACAAUCUAUUACAACUAAACGUUCAUUGUUUUACGCAAUGUUUCAAUUUUUCGAUAGAAAAAUUCAUCAUUUUCAUACACCUAUUUAUUCACAUAAUAAUAAUAAUAAGAAAAUGAAUAUUCAUCAUACAAGUUUCUACGAUCAAAUACGUUUGAAAUCCUUUAAACGUUUCUUGGAUUAUUCUAAGGUACCAACCUUGAACGAGAAUGAACUUGAAGAAAAUUUUGUAAGAGGAAGUGGUCCAGGUGGUCAAGCAACUAAUAAAACAAACAAUGCUGUAACUUUGAAACAUAAACCAACAGGAAUUGUUGUAAAAUGUCAUGAGACAAGGAGUGUAUGGAUUAAUCAGAAACGUGCAAGAGAGAUAUUAAUUACUAAAUUAGAUAAUUUAUUAAAUGGUGAUGAAUCAAUCGAAAAUCAAGAAAAGAAACUUCAAAAACAAAGUUCAAUAAAGAAAAAACAAAAGCAGAAAAAGCUAGCAGAGUUAAAGAAAUCAUUUAAAGAACGUGAAGGACUUGUAUGAUUUAAAAAAAAAACAAAUAAAAUAUCAUUUGAAUAUUCUUCAUCAUCAUCUUUGUAUAGUUUUGAUUUGUUGUACAUAUAAAAGAAAAACAAAAAUAUAAAUUAGAUUUUAUUUUCA